CCCAAACCAGAAUCACCAGGCCCAUAUCCAUUAGUAAAAACCCUAGCAUACAUAACUUCAUUGUAGACUCCCUGCUAAGUCUGAGACAUUACGAUUCACAGGUGUGUGCUGUUCCAACAUCCAAAGCGGCAAUGGGGAUCGAUCUUAAGGCUGGGGGUAAGAGCAAGAAGACCAAAAGAACAGCACCCAAGUCCAACGACAUAUACCUCAAACUACUUGUCAAGCUGUAUCGAUUCCUUGUUCGGAGAACUGGCAGCAAUUUCAAUGCUGUGAUACUCAAGCGCUUGUUCAUGAGUAAGGUGAACAAGCCUCCAAUUUCGUUGUCGAGGUUGAUUAAGUAUACAAAAGGGAAGGAAGAUAAAAUUGCUGUUAUAGUGGGGACUGUAACUGAUGAUAUCAGAGUAUAUGAAGUUCCGCCAUUGAAAAUUACAGCACUCAGGUUUACAGAGAGGGCACGUGCAAGAAUAGAGAAGGCAGGUGGUGAAUGCUUGACAUUUGAUCAACUUGCCCUUAGGGCUCCUUUGGGACAGAAUACGGUCCUUUUAAGAGGCCCAAAGAAUGCUCGGGAAGCUGUGAAACAUUUUGGUCCUGCUCCUGGUGUGCCACACAGCCAUACCAAACCCUAUGUUCGGUCUAAGGGAAGAAAGUUUGAGAAGGCAAGAGGAAGAAGGAACAGCAGAGGAUUUAGAGUUUAAGAAGAUAGCUUUCUAUUUUUUAAUAGUGUUCUGAAAUUCAACUUUUUGUUAUAGGCUCUGGUGACUGUUUUUCUCAUAUUUGUCUUAUAAGAAUUCANUUAUGGACAUCGUUCUUGGCCCCAUAUUUUGCAUUAACGUGUAUUUACCCAUUUGAUGAAUUGAAAACCCAGUCAUUUCUCGUGA